GCUGACAGCCAAUCAUAUGCGUGGUUGGGAGGUCUCAUACCUCCCUGGCCCGAUAUCCCAGAGGUUUACAUACCUCGUUGUAGGCUACUCAGAUAUCUUGUCGCACAGAUUCUCCCUCCGCUCUGAGCUGGCUAUCACUGCAAACCAUCUGCGCGGAUCUCGAUGGCAAUGCUAUAACAAUAGAUUCAGUUGUCGCUGGUGGGGUCUCACUGGCAUAGCUCGCUUUUGAUCUGAAGUCUCCCGCACAUAGGGAUUCCUGGAUUCUUCAUCGGCGGCUAAGUCACGUUGGAGGUACGUCGCGAAUGGCCUAUGCUAAGUAAAUUCAGUAAUUGCAAAUUGAGUGGACGACGCUAAUUGUGUUGGGACAUGACACGAUGGUGAUGACGAACGUGGGCUGUGCAUCUCUGGGCCGUAGAUACACGAAUCGCGGCACGCACAUGAUCAAAUACCGACUGGGGGCCACAUGCCAGAAACUUACCUUUCUCCUGUCUUCUGAUAGGUUUCUGCCCUACAUAAGCUUCCUUUCAUCUGACUCGCGAUGGGUGCCACGCUCUCUAACUUCAAGCAGACCGUAUGGCCCACUUUGCUGCAAGCCCUUCCGCCCAAGUCCAAAUUCACGGCAGAUGACAUACCUGAUCUCACCGGACGGAUUGUCAUAGUCACAGGCGGCAACGUCGGUAUCGGUUACGAAACCGUGAAGGUUCUUCUGAAGCACAACGCCAAGGUCUACCUUGCCGCCCGAGGCAAGGAUAAGGCGGAGAGGGCCAUCAAGUCUUUGAAGGAGGCGACCGGCAAGGAAGCCAUCUUCCUUCAACUCGACCUUGCGAGUCUUUCUUCAGUUAAGAAGGCGGCUGAAGAGUUCUUGAGCAGGGAAUCCGAACUUCACAUCCUCUUCAAUAAUGCCGGAGUCAUGGCCCCACCCAUCGAACAGGUGACUGCGGACGGGUACGACAUGCAAUGGGGUACGAAUGUCGUGGGACACUACUACUUUACCGUGUUGCUCUUGCCCGCUCUCCUUGCCGGUGUCAAGUCGUCUCCAGAUCACCACGCCCGCGUUAUUACGACGGCUUCCAGCCGCGCAUAUUCGCACACUCUCCACUGGGAGACUUUCAAGGACACACCCGAGAGGAGAAAGACGUCGAGAGUAGGCCUUUAUCCGCAAAGCAAAUUCGGCAAUGUGGUGUUCGCCCGGCAGCUUGCAAAACGAUAUGCCGAACAAGGCAUUAUCUCCGUAUCCGUCAAUCCUGGGAACAUCAAGAGCGAGUUGCAACGCCACCUCGCCGGCCUGCAGAAGAAGCUUGUGAAUUUGUUGCUGUAUCCAACGCCCCUUGGUGCGAUCACACAGCUUUACGCCGGUACGGCGCCGGAGGCUCUUAAUUACAACGGCGAGUUUUUCAUCCCAUGGGCACGUGUGGGAAGGUGCAGGGCGGAGGCAUAUGAUGACGAGCUAGGCGAUAAGCUGUGGAAAUGGCUCGAGGCGGAAGUCAAGGUGCAUCAAGCGUGAUAUCUGCAGACGGCGGUAGAGCACGCGCUACGCUUUGAAUGUUUACUGUGCAGACGUUUCGGGUUCAUCAGAGUAGGACGGAUAUGGAUUUGGAUCGCUUGAACACUGCUAUCAAAUCAACCGAAGUUGUCUUGGUAUCAGUCCCC